CCCGCCCCCGGCCCCGCGCCGGGGAGCGGAGGAGAGUAAAUACAACAGGAGCGCAAAAUGGCGGAACCGCCGAGCCCAGCGCGCGGCGUCGCCGCCGCCGCCGCCGUCUCGGAGAAAGAGCAGUAUGGCAAGCCGCAGUCCUCCUGCCGGGACCCGCCGGCUUCUCUGUCCGCCAAGAAGGUCCGGGCCGAGGAGAAGAAGGCGCCGCGGAGAGUGAACGGAGAAGGGGGCAGCGGCGGGAACAGCAGGCAGCUGCAGCCGCCGGCGGCACCUUCGCCCCAGAGCUAUGGCUGCCCCGCGUCUUGGAGCUUCGCCGCCCUGUCUGCUGCUCCCUCCGCGUCCUCUUCUCGGAGCACUUGCUCCUUCUCCGCUGGCGAGGCCGUGCCCUCGUCAGCCUCCGCUUCCUUGUCUGCGCCGGUGCCGCGCAAACUGCUGGUCCCUCCUACGCUGCUGCACGCCCAGCCUCCCCGUCUCCUGCUCCGGAGGGGGCGGGAAGCGUCCGGAUUUCAGCAGGCGAUUUGGCAGUCCCCGAGAGGACAGGAAAUGGAGCCUCCUCCAACACCAGAAAAUCCUGUCAAAAAAGGGGUGUGGAGAGCACUGGCGUCAGCUGGAAGCUACCAGAGGCCUGAACGUUUCAUCCCUAUUAGGGAAAUGAGCAUAUGCCGCCUCCUGCCACAGCAGGGCACGGUCACCAGCUCGCUCAGGAAGCCCCAGCAGCCAAGGCAGCUGAGGAUGCCGCCGGUGCCUAUGCCCAUGGCCGCAGCGGGGGCUGCGUUCCAGCAGGCGGAGCCGGUAGUUGAACACCAGGUAGUCCACCAGGGUGCCGAGGCACUUGGGCCUGGCUGGGGCCCCGCAGCGCUGCCUUCAGGUGGCUGCCCAGCGCCAGCGGCUCACCGCGGCGGAGCAGCAGCUCCCAGCACUCUGACUCUGCAGCUGCGCGCUCCAGCCGGUCGCCGCCCACUUCCCAGAACCGGCCUCGGCUCCGCGACAUGGGCGCCGUUUCCCGACUCCCUCCAGGGGAGGUCCUCGCCGUGGCUGGAGACGUUAUGGCCCUCGGAGGGCUGCUCUGCCGCCGCCGCCUGCCGCCACGGUCCCGGAGCCUCUGGGACACGCAGCUCCGCACGCGGGCUGAGAGCAGGGGGGGGAGGGGUGGCGCUGUACUGUCGCCCCAACAAACACAACCAACAAGACGAAAAGGGAAAACGACAAGAGACAGACAGUAGCGGCCGCGAAAACAAAUCUGAAAAUAAAAUCAAAGACAAAAUUAAAGAGAGAGACAAAGAGAAAGAAAAAAAGAAACAUAAAGUAAUGAAUGAGAUUAAGAAAGAGAAUGGAGAAGUCAAGAUUUUGCUGAAAAGUGGGAAGGAGAAACCAAAAACAAAUGUAGAAGACUUACAAAUUAAAAAGGUAAAGAAGAAAAAGAAAAAGAAACACAAAGAGAAUGAAAAACGGAAGCGUCCAAAAAUGUAUAGCAAAUCUAUUCAGACCAUCUGCUCAGGAUUGCUAUCUGAUGUUGAAGAUCAAGAAGCCAAAGGCAUCCUAAAUGAUAACAUAAAGGAUUACAGUGGAAAGAAUUUGGAUACAAAGAACUAUGAUUCCAAAAUUCCAGAUAACAGUGAGUUUCCAUUUGUCUCAUUAAAGGAGCCACGAGUUCAGAAUAACCUCAGAAGGUUGGACACUUUGGAAUUCAAACAGCUCAUUCAUAUUGAGCAUCAGCCUAAUGGAGGUGCAUCAGUUAUCCAUGCCUACAGUAAUGAACUCUCCCACCUGUCUCCUAUGGAGAUGGAGAGGUUUGCAGAAGAGUUUGUGGGUCUAGUGUUCAGUGAAAACGAAAACUCUGCCGCUUUCUAUGUAAUGGGUAUUGUUCAUGGGGCAGCUACUUAUUUACCUGACUUUUUAGAGUACUUUUCAUUUAAUUUUCCCAAUUCACCAGUGAAAAUGGAGAUAUUGGGAAAGAAAGAUAUAGAGACAACGACUAUGUCCAAUUUUCAUGCUCAGGUAAAAAGAACGUAUUCUCAUGGUACUUACAGAGCUGGCCCAAUGCGACAAAUAAGCCUGGUGGGAGCAGUUGAUGAAGAAGUGGGAGAUUAUUUCCCUGAGUUCCUUGACAUGUUGGAAGAUUCACCAUUUUUAAAAUGUACACUGCCAUGGGGGACACUUUCUAGUCUAAAAUUAGAGAGUCGAAAAGAUAGUGAUGAUGGUCCCAUUAUGUGGGUACGUCCAGGAGAACAAAUGAUCCCUGUGGCUGAUAUGCCAAAGUCCCCUUUUAAAAGGAAAAGAACUACCAAUGAAAUAAAAAACCUUCAGUACCUACCUCGAACUAGUGAGCCCCGGGAGAUGCUGUUUGAAGACAGGACAAGAGCUCAUGCAGAUCAUAUAGGACAAGGUUUUGAACGACAGACUACAGCUGCUGUUGGAGUGCUGAAGGCUGUGCACUGUGGAGAGUGGCCUAAUCAACCCCGAAUAACCAAAGAUGUAAUAUGUUUUCAUGCUGAAGAUUUCUUAGAAGUAGUUCAACGAAUGCAGUUAGAUUUACAUGAACCUCCACUAUCCCAGUGUGUCCAAUGGGUCGAUGAUGCAAAACUUAAUCAACUGAGGAGGGAAGGCAUUCGCUAUGCCAGGAUUCAGCUGUAUGAUAAUGACAUUUAUUUUAUUCCAAGGAAUGUUGUUCAUCAGUUCAAGACAGUUUCAGCUGUGUGCAGUUUAGCAUGGCAUGUUCGGCUCAAAUUGUAUCACUCAGAGGAGGACACUUCUCAGAAUACAGCUACUCAUGAAACAGACACAUCAACAAAUUCCACAUCAUCAGUUCUUGGACAGCACACUGACAACAUGAUUUGUGCUGUAAGCAAAGGCUCCUUGGAUUCUGUUUUUUCAAACAAACUUCAUUCUAAGUAUGCAUUACAGCAGAUUAAACAUGAACCUAUUGCGUCUCUAAGAAUCAAGGAAGAACCUGUGAAUGUUAAUAUUCCUGAAAAGACUAGAGCGCUGAAUAAUAUGGAUGGCAAGAAUGUUAAAGCAAAGUUGGAUCAUGUUCAAUUUACAGAAUUUAAGAUAGACGUGGAUUCUAAAUUUGAAAACAGCAACAAAGAUUUAAAGGAAGAAUUGUGUCCUGGAAGUCUCAUAAGUCUAGUUGAUACAAGGCAACAUAGUUCAGCACAUUCAAAUCAAGAUAGAAAAGAAGAUGACAUUUUGUGUUGAUCAAAUGUAUAUAUCAUUUAAAAUUCUUCAAAAAUAAUUUAAUAAUGUAAUAAAGAUUCAUGAAUUCUGAAAGCAAGCCAAGGACUUGCUCCCAAGUCUGUUACAAAAUAUAGUUUAUGUAGCUUUGUAACAUUCCUCAGUGCCUGUCCAUAACUGUGAAGUAUCAAGCACUUAGGGCCAGAUGCACUGUAAACAUUGCAGGUUGAAAUAUAAAGGAGUCUUUAAAAAAUCAUUUGAGUUGGAGUUGUAGGUUUUAGAAUAGAGCUGACAUUAACAUAUAUAUAUAAAAUUUUUUUUUUUUUUUUUUUGUAAUAUGAGCCAGAAUUCUUUUUUGACAACUUAAGGCUUUUCCAUAGAGCUUAUUUAUACCAAUUUUUCCCCCACUUUAAAUGUGUCAGCACUAUAGUGUAAAUAGCUUUUAAAAAAUAUUUUUAGUGUGAUUUAUACUGAAAUGUGAGCCACUUAAUAAAGGUUCAUAGUAAUAAAUAUGUUUUCUGUUGGGUCUG